CAACAAGUUGAAACCCAAAAAAAAAGGCUCAUUUGCCUCUAGUUGGUUGCCAUGGUUUCCCAAUCUCGUCAUCCUCACUUUAUCUUGUUUCCCCUGCCGGCUCAAGGCCACCUUAUCCCUAUGAUUGACAUUGCAAGGUUAUUAGCACAACGUGGUGUGAUAGUCACUAUAUUCACCACGCCAAAAAAUGCUUCUCGUUUUGAUUCAGUUCUUUCUCGUGCUGUUCAAUCUGACCUUGCAAUUCGGUUAAUACAACUCCAACUUCCAUCAAAAGAAGCCGGACUCCCUGAAGGAUGUGAGAAUUUUGACAUGGCAUCACCGGACAGGUUCCAUAAUCUUUUUGAUGCAAUCAACAUGCUUGAAAACCAAGCAGAAAAUAUAUUUCAAGAAUUGAAACCUGAGCCAAGCUGCAUUAUAUCUGACAUGUAUAUUCCUUGGACAAUUCAAAUUGCUCAAAAACAUCACAUUCCAAGGAUUGUUUUCCAUGGGUUCUCCAGCUUCUGUCUCCAUUGCUUGCAUAAGAUUCACACAUCCAAGGUUCUUGAGAGCGUAAUAUCAGAAUCAGAAAUCUUCACCGUGCCUGACAUACCUCACCAUAUUGAGGUAAACAAAGUUCAGAUACCAGGAUCGAUGAUAAAUGAGAGGAUAAAAGAGUAUCAUGAACAAAUGCUUGAUGCUGAGAGAAAGUCAUAUGGUGUGAUAUUAAACACUUUUGAAGAGUUGGAAGGAGAAUAUGCCAAGGAUUACAGAAAAGAAAGAAAUGAUAAGGCAUGGUCUAUCGGUCCUGUUUCACUAAGUAACAAAGAUGAUUUGGACAAGGCUCAAAGAGGCAACAAGGCCUCCAUCAAUGAAAAGCAGUGCUUGAAGUGGCUUGAUUCCCAACAACCUCAGUCUGUGGUGUAUGCCUGUUUUGGAAGCUUAUGCAACCUCAUUCCUUCACAACUAGCAGAGCUUGCCCUGGCUUUAGAAGCUUCAAAGAAACCAUUCAUUUGGGUCAUUAGAGGAGGAUAUAAGUCAGAAGAGUUGGGAAAUUGGAUCAAGGAAGUUGGAUUUGAGGAACGGAUCAGGGGAAGAGGCCUUUUAAUCAGAGGCUGGGCUCCACAAGUGCUGAUAUUGUCACACCCUGCAAUUGGAGGAUUCAUAACACAUUGUGGCUGGAAUUCGACAUUGGAAGGGAUAAGUGCUGGCGUGCCAAUGGUGACUUGGCCAUUAUUUGGAGAUCAAUUUCUAAAUGAGAAGUUGGUUGGUCAAGUGCUGAAGAUUGGGGUGAGCACUGGGGCAAAGGUUGCAAUGAAGUGGGGAGAGGAAGAGAAGAUUGGUGUGAUGGUGAAGAAGGAAGAUAUUGAGAAGGCAAUAUGCAUGGUGAUGGACGAAGGAGAAGAGAGUGGGGAAAGAAGGAAAAGGGCUAGAGAACUGAGCGAGAUGGCUAAGAGAGCUGUUGAAAAUGGCGGAUCUUCCCAUCGUAACAUAAGUCUGCUGAUUGAAGACAUCCUACAACAGGCAUCUAACAAGAAAAAACUCGACACUUGAAGAUCAGAUCGUUUCUCCUUCAAUUUGCCAUUAAACUCUUGUUCCAUCUCUGUUUUAAUGUUUGUUUAGUUUGCAAGUAGCGAUCAUGAAGAUAAUAGAGGUGUGGAGUGAUAUUGGAAGGCGACAGAGACAAUUCAUGAAUAGUGUCAUUAAUACUACCAACGUUGUAAUUAGAUUUGAACUUGCCAACUCUUUGGUCCAUUAAAUUCACAUGCAGUGAGAAUCUUUUUCGUACUUGCCAUUUACCCAUGAAUGAAGAAGCAUCAUAGUACUCUGGUCCAAAAGUGAGAUGAAUUAUGAGCCCAACAUGUGAUGCAGAUUCCUUAGGUACAGUGCAACUCACAAGCUUGACUCUUUCAUUCUUUAGCAUGACUUGUACCGUAUCAAAUAUCAUUGUCGUUUCCCUUCUUGCAUGAGAUAUAAUAAGCAAACUUAACCUCAGCUUUUUGGUUGAGGAUUGGCCAAGGGUCA